AUGCAAUAUUAAAAUGAAUCUGAACAAAUAAAUAGAAAAAAAAUAUUACUAAGAAGAGAAAUAUAUGAUAAAGGAUAUGAUUGUUAAGUUUUUUAAGAUUAUAUGGAUUAACUUAACUUAAAUGGUAAUUUCAUUUAUUUAAAUAUAGGAGGAUAAGAUAUUAAUAUAUGGACAUAUUAAGAACUAUAAGAAACAAUAACUUUAUUUUAGACAAAAAAUUAACUAUAAAUGGAAACUAUCAACCUAGAUGAUGAACCUUGCAAAUAAUCAGAUUUUGAUAAUCAUAUGUAAUUUGAAACAUAAGAACAAUAAUUUUCAUAAAAUAAACAAAAUAAAUUAUAAUUGGAUGUAUAAUAGUAGUAGCAGAUUGUAUCAAAUUAAAUACAUUAAGAAAUUCUUGCUAAACCAAAUAUUGAUAAUGAUCGCUUUUAUUAAAAAAUCCAUUUAUGUUAAAUAUAAGAUAAAAAAAUGAUACUUAUAGUUCAAGAAAUAAAUAUAUGUAUCACUAAAUUUGAAAAAAAUCAAGGAAGUUUACUUUCAGCAUCUUAUUAUACUUACCUAGUAAAUACAGAACCUACAGGUUGGAAUGUAUAAAGAAGUUAUAAUGAAUUUUUAUGGUUAAGGGAAGUUUUAAAUAAAGUAUAUCCUGGUCAAUAUGUAUAAUAUAUAUAUAUAAUAGAUUCCUCCAUUACCUAAAAAGGCUAUAUUGAAGAAUGAAUAAGAACUUUCUUUAUUAAAGAGAAUGAAAUUUUUAGAAGUAUUGAAAAGUUACUAAUAUAAUAGAAAUUUCUUUAAACUUUGUUACAAUAUGAAUUGAUUAGACAUGAUAAAUGGUUUUAUGCUUUUUUGUCAAUAAAAGAUGAUAAAGAUUUCAAACAUAUAUAAAAAUUAAGUGUUUUAUUAUCUAGAGUGACAAAAAUAGAAUAAAUUAUUUCUUUAGAUGGAUAAAUUUAAUUAUAAAUUAAUGAUAAUUUAGGAACAUAUAAUCAUGAAUCUGCUUUAUUAAUUAACUCAAUUGAUUUAAGUUAUAAAACACUAUAAAAGGAUUCUAAAUAAUUAUUAUUAGAUUUUGAUUAAUUAUCAAAUACUAUUUAUAAUAUGGGCUAGACUUGUACUGAUUUGUAUUAAUUUACAAAUAAGUUUAACUAAUCAAUUCCUUAAGGAAAACAACCUAAAUUAGAUAUACUUUAUAUUUCAAUGAAUAAUAUGUUAGUUUAAUGGGGAAAUAAUUUAACAGCUUAAAUUAAAAUUGUACAAGAAGAACUAUGUUCUUUUUUUAAAUUUAAUCAUCAUUCAAUUACCUCCUUAAAAGAGGUAACUAAAAUAUCAAAAAUAGUUCAUUAAAUAAAAAGAUUAAUCACAAUAGGAAUAUGAAAAAUAUAAAUCAAAAUUAGAAUUAAAGAAAAAUAAACUAUUUGCUUUAUAAGAUUAUAAUAGAUGGGAAGUAUCAUCUAUAUAAAUUAAAGCCUUAUAGGAAAGCAAUUUAACUUAAAAUAGAGAAGUCAGUUUAGCUAUAAUGCUACCAUAAGAAACUACUUUAUAGGAAGAUCUUAAAAACAUAUUUGCUUUUUAUAAUUAUUCAUAAUUUUCACAAAUAGAUAGAUAUUUUGAAAAUACAGUAACAGAUUGUUCAGAACAUUUUAUAAGAUUUUGCAGUCUAUAAAAAGAAAUAAUUGCUGAGGUACUUGCUUACAGUAUAAUUUUAGCAAAAAUUAGUAUGGGACAAAAGUAUUCUUAAUUUUAAUAAUUUACACUACCCACAAUAAAUACUAUUAAAGAAUACUUGA